AAUUUUGAUAAUUUAUAAAAAAUAUUAAUAUAAAUUAUUUUAAUUCAUAUAAAAUAAUAAUUGUAUAUAUACAACACAUAUUAAAUAUAUUUUAUUUUAAAAUAUCUACAGCCUAUAACUUACAGUUACAACUUACAACAAAUUUAACUACAACAAAAAUCUCUGCAGAAAAAGUUUACAGUAACAACUUUACAGCUACAACCAAUUUAUCUACAGCUAAAUUUUUAAAGCCACAGUCGAACCAAUCAUCACCUAUGUUCUUAGAAAUAUACAUGUCUUCUAAGAAUUGAGCUGUACAUAUUUAAAACUAUUGAGAACUUUUUAUAUUAUUGGGGCAUGAGAUCGUUGUACAAUAAGUCCUUUGGGUUAUCCAAUCUAUGAACUAUGAACUACAAAACUUCAGUAAUCUCAUCAUGAAGAUGUCUCUAUUCGUGCCGAACUCUUCCUCCACCUGCGUCUUCCCUGUCACCAACUUCAUUAGCACCACCCUGAAAUCCCUCUUCUCGUUCACAUUAUAUGCGUAUUGUGUGGACAACAUCCAAAUUAUAUGUAACUAAGACAAGUUUCAUUACUGUAGAUUAAUAUGCAAGGAAUUUGAAGCUUGAGAAGCAAAAAACUUGAAUGGUCUUGAAUUCAAAACUUCAAGUCCCCACAUACGAAGAAGUUCGGUUUUAGGGUUUACUGUCACUAGACAAAGGAAAUGUAACUCGGAUAGUCCUAAGUUCAAUCCUCCAGAUAGAUAAAAAGAACCAUAUUAAGAGCAACAUUAUCCCUAGGACCAAUUAGUGUGUCCUUAGGUUAUUUUAAUGUUAUUUUGAUGUUAAGGACUUAGGUUAGAAAUAACCUUAAAAGCUAAGAUUAUUGGUAGAACUUUUAGUGGUAUCUUAGUUAAUUAUUUUUCGAGGAACACAGACCUUCUUCUCCUUUGUAUUCAGUGAAACGCUGUCGGUGAGACCACGGAUCCUUUCUACUGCGUUCGAUAUCAAGCAGAGGAGUACCGCCGAGACCGAUGCGCCGUCCAGACAGAACCGCCGCGAGAGAGAAGCAAAGUCGCGAGAGAAUCGCCGUGGAGAUAGAUCCGCCGACGGGAGAGAGAACUGAUCGACGUCGCGAGAGAUCCUUUGGGAAGAAAGAAGCGAUGAAAGAGAUGGCGCGAGAUAAACGGAAGAGAUGGAAGAGAUCACACUCUCGAUCGCCUUCGAGCAACACGACGCAAGUUCACCGACACGAAAUGAAGGACGGAGUCAACGAGAUUUGUCCUAGAAAUCAUCGGCCAUUUCCAUCGCGACACGUGCGUGUUAAGGACGUCUCCAACACAUCUUAACUAAGAGACGUCCCACGCUUAAUUCACUCUUUUUGAUUUUCAUUUUAAUUGCAUUACUAGAGCUUGACCCGCGCACCCGCGCAGGUGUUAGUUUUUUUCAUAAAUGAAUAUUUAUUUGUAUAAAUGAUAAUAUAUAUUUAAAUUUUUUUUUAAUAUGACAUUUCUAAACACAAUAAUUUUAUAGUUUAUAUUGAGUAGUUUUAUUUUAUCAUGUAAACCGUUAGUUAUAUCAUCCAUUUAUUUAGAAUAUGACAUGUAAAGUCACACAAAUGUAUUUUUAUUUUUUAUGGAUCAAAAUUUUAUGAUUAUAUAUAAUAAAAUUGUUGUAUAAACUGGUUUUAUGGAUCAAAAUUUUAUGAUUAUGUAUAAUAAAAUUGUUGUAUACUAUUUAUUAUGUAUAUGUGGAAUUAGUAAAAUAAUUACCGUAUAAGGUAUGUAAUUACAAAAUGUAUAUAUGGAAUUAAUUAUUUUCAAACACACAUAUGUAUAAUUAAAAAAGGAAAAGAUAAAAAAUAUUAAAAGUUAAGUUUAUUAAUUAUUGUUGCCAUGAUUUUUUAGUUAGAAUUUGAUUUUGGAAAUACAUUAAUUGAAGAGAAAAGACAAGAAUCCUAAAAGAUAGGUUAAUUAAUAACUUCAGUGGCAUACCAUUGUAAAUAUAGUGGAAAACUAAGGGAUAAUCUAAUUUUGUACUCCUCUUUUAAUAGAUUAGAUGUUAAGGACGCCGUAUAACAUACGGCGAUAAUGUUGCUCUAAGGGCCAUAAAAUGUCUUGUGCUUUGUAUUGGACAGUUAUAAAAGUUAGGUAACUGGGCUGUCAUACAACAAAAAUAAAAUAUCAUUAAAAAAAAUCUAACUGAAUUGGAAAUUAAAUUUUAAUCUGUGAUUAUUUUCCAUAAUAAGCGUUCAAAUUUUCAAUCAUUAUCAAGAGAUACGUGUGUACAUAAGAUUCAAAUCCCCCAGAAUCAGUAAAAUCAAAGGAAUUUGUUUCCGUUGACUAGUUAUCUUUCUUAUAUAGAGAGUAUGUUAUUACUGUCCUCUUUUAAUUUUGGAAAAAUAACAGCAAUUUGUUUCCUUUGUUUUCUUUUUGAGAAAGAUUUGUUUCCUUUGUUACUAACCAAAGUUGUUAACUAUUCCAAAAUAUGAAAUAUAAAUACUACUAUGACCUCCUAAAGCUUCACCACCAUCACGUAAUCGACUUGUAAUGAACAAUGUCUCUAGUCAAAAGACUCAAACCCAGCAUCUUAUUACUAUUUGCAAUCGCGCUUUCCUGUAAUUUCAUUCUUCCAUCUUUAGCCCAAGACUGGAAACAAGAAUUCCUAGAGGCACAUAACGAAGCCCGGCACGAGGUUGGGGUAGAGCCAUUGGUUUGGGACGAAGAGGUCGCUGGUUAUGCAUCGAGCUACGCAAACCAGAGAGUCAGUGAUUGUGCCAUGGUCCAUUCGAAUGGACCGUUUGGAGAGAACAUAGCAUGGAGUAGCGGAGAUAUGUCGGCUGAGGAUGCUUCGGAAAUGUGGAUCGACGAGAAGAAGUACUACGACUACGAUAGCAACACUUGUAAUGAUCCAAAUGGUGGUACUUGUCUGCAUUACACACAAGUGGUUUGGAGAAACUCUCUUCGAUUGGGAUGUGCUAAAGUGGUGUGUAACAGUGGUGGUACUUUUAUUACAUGCAACUAUGAUCCUCCUGGUAAUUACAAUGGAGAAAAACCAUAUUAAUGAUUUUUCAAUGAUAUGAAAUGAAUUACUUUUAUAGUUUUUUUUUGUUUAUAAGAAGUUAAAAAGGAUCGGAUAAUGAGAUAAGAAGCUGUUACUGUCAUUUUAGCUGUACAUGAAAUAUACAAACAAUUUUAAUUGGUUGGCUAAAGUCCUAAAUUAAUAAACAUUUUCUAAAAGACAUCAUGAAUCGGUAAAACGACAAAGCAAUAUACGUCAAACGACACCAAGCUGGCUUUGCUGUCUACUCCUUCCUUAGCUUAUGAGAAAACAGCUUGCAAGCGUCCAAACUGAGAUCUACCGCCGCAGCUAGCGCCACGUGCGCUGCUGCAUCCUCCGUGCAUGUCACGUGCGUCGCACCAACUUCCACCUCCGGUUUUCUCCGUUUCCCAACUCCUUCCACCGAAGCCAACAUAACAAACCCCUCUCUUUUGCGCCGGGUGCUGCGGCAGUAGAUAUCCGAACUCCGACCAGGAUCCUGAUCAUGGUCUCGACCCGGCGCUAGAUCCGGAUCCGAGAUCACAGCUUCCCUGAGGACUCGUUGUCGGCGUAGAGACCGCCGUGUUUGUCCCAACGGUAACGUCGAUAACGAAACUCCCGCCAUUUUUCAAACUGAUAGACGACGAUGCGUAGACCUCGGUGGCGACUCCGUCAUGGAAGAGCUCGAAGCGGUAACCGAGUUCGUCGGAGUAACCAGUUUCACGCCAUGCCUCUAGUCGUCCCCACGGCUUCCACGUGCAACCGUCGGGUCGGAGAAUAAGCCACGCGCCGGGACUUGAUCGCGUCACGCGGUUCGAACCUGGAGAUGGAACGAAUGGUGUGACCAUGGAAGCCAUCGCUACCGGUGAGCCGGAGAGGUCAUGAACCGUUGUGGACCAACCUUAUCUCUCUUUGGACUGUUGUUCCUUGUCCGACGAUAUGCAACUCCUCGUGGCGAACUUGCAAGUGAACACCGCUUGUUUCGUGUUUCCUUGUACUUGGAAAACCUGAGGGCUGCACUCCAGCUAACAUGGAGCUCCGGAUCGGAUCCAGUUUUAUUCCUCCCUUUCUUGGCUGCCAUUGGAUACCAAGGUGGGGUCUGAGAUUAGCUACAACUACAAUGCUCCCUCCCUUUACGCAAACUUAUAAUUUCGACCUCUGUUCACCACUUAGAGAUGAGAUAUGAGCUGGCCUCAAAGUAAAGCACGUAUGUAUUUAGUUGGCAUCAUCUUCAGUGGAAGGCUGCUAAUAAUAUGCAUUCGAUCGAUCUAUAUCAUUUCCUUUUAUUUAUUUUCUACUAAAUAAUUAAGUAAUGAAACAUGAAAUAUUUAAA